AUGUUCCUCCACUCGGGGGCCAGCCUCCACGGCCACGAGUUUUCGAAGCGUCCUCCCGCAGCAGCAGGGAACCAGAACGCCGCCCAUGCUGCCCACGCUGCGCAUCGCUUACGAUCCGCCUUUGUAGGGGUGAACCCUCCUCGUCGUCCCUCGUCUCCUUCCUCCGACCAGACCGCUUCACCCUCUCGUCGAGUCUCCUUUGGGCCUACUCCGUCUUCGCCCCUCACUCGUGCUGCUCGUCCUUGCCCAGCCCGCCCCGUCUCCUUUCCGGCGUCUUUCGAAAAGCAACACGUCGUACGAUUCCAGGACGAGCCUGCUGUAGUCGGCAAUAAUAGCACGACAUGUGCAAGUCCCUCCUACGCCACGAGCGAAGAAGACUCCCUGUCGGAUCACAGCGGCACCACCGUCUCGGAGAGUACCGUACGCGCAUGUAAGAAACGACGAGUCCAACGGGGUCCGAGUUCGAGUUCGCGGCCGAGGCAGGCCACUAGCUUUGUCCUCGCCUACCCGCCCCCGACGCUGCGCACCAAACAGCGCCGAUUCGUGCAAAUCCGACCGCGUCUCCUCCUGCAGCUCCGCCAGCUCUCGCCCGACAAGCGGCCGAAGCCCGCCAUCGACGUCCUCGCCACCUGCGUCAUCGCCGGCACGCACGCCGUGCCCCGGCUCGUACGGCACGUUCCGGCCAUGGUCAGGGCGUUGCGGGGCAGCAGCCUGGGUCGGGACGACCUGGUGAUAGCCAAGAGCGAGGACUACGACGCCCCGUCGUACGGGAAAGACGAUACCACGAGCGAGAAGGACCUGGAGAAGCGGGAGUGGGUCGCUGUCGUUUCUCCGCUUUCUCCGCUUUUUCCGCUUUUUCCGCUUGCGCCGUCGUCGCGGGACCAGGGGCGGAACGAGUCGGUGGAUCGGGCCGAGAUCGUCCUAGCCGACGGUGCUGCGUGGACGGCCAAGACGCUGCCGAACGGGUCGUACGAGUUUGUCCAUGUUGAUGAUGCCGCGGGGCGGACGAGGACGGCGAGAUGGGUGAAAAGGAGCGCCAAGGCGGGCAGGACGGCAGCUACGGCUGGGGGCGCGGUGUCCCCUGCGCCGGAUGCCGAAUCGAGGUUCACUUUCAGCAUGAUCGACCCUGGGUCGCGACGGCACCCUAUCCUGGCGACACUGACGCCGUCCCAUCUGGAGGUCAUGCGCUCGUACAAACCGCCUCUGCGUUCCGCUGCGGCGCCGCCCUCUUCGCCCGGUUUUCGCGGAGACGACGACGACGACGCUGCUGUCGGUUCUCCUCCGUCGCGAAGGUCUCUCCCCGUCGACGAGGCCACGCGGAACUUGAUCAUGGCGACCUCGGUCUGGGUAUCUCUCCAUGCCGGGCACGGCUGGCCGGCGCAGGCCCCCAAGCCGCCCAUCCCGUUACCGGUCGGCAGCGGAGUGGGUGGUCAUCGGUCGUCGGACCGCCAGGAACCCGCACCCGUCGUUGACCGAUGCGACGACGUCUCGGUCUCGCACGUCGACUACAACGAGUACCACCCCCCGGCGAGCGCUCUCUACGGGAGCGGCCUACAUGCUACGGCGCCAGGCCAAGCUGGAAGGCAACAAGUCCGCAACGGCAACGGCCAGAGGAGGAGUGGUAAACACGGGCCAACGGGGGGCGUUGGGAGGUUCGAAAGACUCGUCGGAGGAGGUGGGCGUUGGGGGAGGGAAACAGAGUAUGUGUAA